AUGCUCCCGGGCACCAUUGGAGGCGGUAGUAACGCCCUGUAUACCAAGCUCCCGGUGAUCACGCCUGGGCCGGACUGCAAUGCCCGGCUUGUUACCUUUCAUGGUGGCAGUCAAGCAGGAUACACUUCCUUUUUCACUAUGCUUCCUGAAGCGGACAUCAGCAUCGUUGUUCUGACAAACUCGAUCGGACUCGCGGAUCCAGCUGGCUGGAUCAACGAGCUCUUAGUAGAGACCAUGGUGGAAAGUGCAAAUCCAACUGAUUUUGUUCAUCUUGCCACUGAGGCGGCUAAAAAUGCCAUUGCCGGUAUUCCGAAGAUGGAGGAUAGUCUCGAGCAGGAUCGAGAGCCCAAUGCCCCUCCCACGCAUUUGCUAGAUGACUUUGUUGGGCGGUACAUCAACACUGGACACGAAUUCAUCGUGGAAAUUAGAAAGAAAGAUGGCUCCACGCUUCAAGUCGCAUUCCAGGGCCUGGAUUCUCAAGUGUGGGAUCUGCGUCAUUAUCAGCAUAACACCUUUAUAUGGCUGUCUUCCCGAGACCAUAUCGUCAAACGGGCUCGGUUCCCGUAUGCCGGCAAGGAGGUAUACACUCUCAUCUUCCAAAGCGGUGCGGAUGGAGCCGUAGAAGGACUCUUGUGGCCUCAUGAGCCGGGUCUGCCCAUCGAAGAACAAUACUUUCACAAGCUUGGCGGAGCUAGAGCGCCUGAAAGUGAGGCGCAGCAACCUCUAAGGGCAGUUUAA